UUGGUUUUUCAGGCGAUCGGACGUUUUCUCCAACAAACCGGCGAGCCCUGCUAAACCCGCCCGCCCGGGACCGCAACGGACCCCUGGAAAUUACAUCAACAGGUGUGCACUUUUCCAUCUCUCAAGAACAGUUUACCCCUGGGAAGACAGUGGCUUGACUGUCAUCAGUUUCCGGUGGGUGUUUUUGUGACUCUGGUAAGACUGAACAGGAAAAGAGUUGCAGCGAGACGUCUCAACCGAGAGAGGAAACUGCUGCGGCUUCUUCGUCAGCCUCAGAAUGACUGAGUUCUGGGUUUGUUUCAGUUGCUGCAUUGCAGAGCAGCCACAACCGAAACGGCGACGACGGAUCGACCGCUCCAUGAUCGGGGAGCCAACAAACUUUGUUCACACCACACAUGUAGGCUCGGGGGACAUGGGCCUGGGAUUGGCCUCGGUGGACCUUGUUCAGGCCCAGAUGAAAUCUAAAGGAGGCUACUCACACGGGGGUUCUGAAGGCUCUCAGCUGUAACCAGCUCUUCAGUCUUGUGGAAACUACUGUUGUUGAUGUAAGGAAAAAAAUUUCAGAAAAGCAGUAUUGUCUAUAAUGGACAUCGGACCAAAAGAUGAAACUACUGCUUUUCCAUAAUGUUGUAUAUAUUUUAUUUUCCAUUCCUUUUUUUUAUUAUUAAAUGAAAGCACUGCUAUCCAUUUGCUGCCAUACUGUUGCACUGUAAAGAGUAACUGUCAAGAGUAGAUAAGAGGGUUUAGAAAGCUCAUAAUCUCAGUCUGAUGUAUGCUUGUGUGUAUGCAUGAGAAACAUGAUUUUCAAAGACAUUUGCUGUUGUAGCCCAUUGGAUGCCUGUAUUUAUUAUUUGAAUUGUAAACGGACCUCAUGGUGGCUGGGCCACAUUGGAGAUUUACAUCAUUCAGUUUAAUUCUUUAUUCUGAGAGGUUUAUCAAAGGACAGGUAGAGAUGGCAACGCAAAAAUGAUCAUUGUUUUAUGCUGAGAAAUGCUCAUAAUUGUCUGAGUUGCUUUCAGGGUUGAAUGCUGUUUUUUUUUUCAUAAACUUGAAACAAGUUGAGUACACUGGAGCACACAUUGUACACUCACACUUGCUUAGGAAUUUUCUCAUUGAUUUCAGCAGGUUUUUUUUUUAUAUACUCAUUUAGAUUGAACCAUAGAGAAUUUUAAUAAACUAUGAAUUUCCUAAUCUGCCUUCUGAAGUCACAUUUAUUUGUUAUUUUACAUGUGCAGUUUAGAAGCUUAAUACUCAGAGUACUACGCUUACAAUUUUAUAGAGGACUCUUAUUUUUUUUAGAUGCAUUUACUUCAUUUCAGUGCUUGUGCACCAACUGUAGACCGAGUUAAACUUGGAAGCAACUAAAUCACAAGUGCAAACCCUUCCACAAAUGUGGGUUAGAUUUGAUAACGUUAAUAAUUUGUGUAGUUUCUCUUCACCUGGUUUUUAUUGUUGAUUGUAUCUUUCACCAGCAGAGCCUGAAUUUUCAGUUUUUACCAGUAAAACCCAGUUUAGUUGAUCCCUCUGAGCUUUUGGUUGUUUUUAAAUUCUUCUGCCAUGACUAUUAAAGCUGAAACAGCAUUCAACGUAACACGACCCACCUUUGUCGCAGUGUUUGUGCUGCCUUUGUCUUAUAUGACAGGUAAAUACAAUAAAAGAUUAAUUGAAAGUUAAAAGUAUUAUCCUUUGAUCCACCGUAGGAUUUUUCCCUUCUCUUCAAGCCCACAGUUUUUUCCCUUGUUGGGGAAAAGUAAUUGAAUAAAUGCAGCUGAUGCCUGACUGUGCUGGUUGUCACUUGUGCUAGCGAUGAGACUGGUGCUACUGUCUUUUCUCUGACAUGGAGCGUUUCACACUUUGGUGUCGUCUUGUCCAAUUUACUAAACCAAGAUCCAUUGAAAAAUGUUAAUCGGACGUAAAAAAGAAAAAAAAAAGUAGUGAACGUGCCAUCAGGCUUUGAGCGUCUAUCUCAUGUGAUUGUCAUCCAUGUGCAUUCUAUGUUUCAACAACAAAAUGUAUUGAAUGUAUUAAGUGCAGCAUGCUGUUGUCAAAUGGUACAAAAAGAAUAUGUUUUGGACUUGGAUUUGUCAUUUUAUUUACAGCCUUAACUCUUUCAGAUUGUUAAGAAUCUCUGAUGGCUUUAAUGAAAUUGGCUUUGGUCAAGUUAAUUAAAAUUGUCACCUUUUUUUUUAUGUCCAUGUAGUAAUUGAUGUGUGGCAAUGGGUUUAAAUAAAUGUAGACCUUUUUUUUCUCUCCAAGCUUUGAGCUAAUUCCUCCAAGUACAGUCAAACUGGGAUUGCAGUACUUUGUAUGACCAGUAGGCUGUGCUAGUGAAAUGCUUGAAUGUGACACACACAAACUGUUUUGGGAUACCUGUCAUAGGAUGUAUUUUAUGAUGAUUCUGUAAAUAUUUGAUGUGUAAAAGUGAUGGAUCCAUGAUUUAUAUGUAAUCAGAUUCAUACAUAUUUUGCUUACUUGUCUGUAGCUUAACAUGGAAAGUAUUUUUUUUUCUUCUCCCCUCAGGAUCUCACGUCACAAUGUUCCCACUUUAAAGGGACAUUCAUCUGUUUUUGUUUUUCCUGCAUUUUCAGAGUAAAAAAUUUAAAAAACAGAAAUAUAAAUAAAUGUUAUAUGUUGUCC